UGGGCCGAACCUACAAAAUUGGGCCAAUCUUAAAUUCAACCCGGUUCAGCUUGGUUUACUCCACUGAAAAUGAAAUUACAUAUUUCUGAAAAAUGUUGAUCCCACCGACUCUGACAAUUAGAGCUUAUAAAUACAAGACGCAUAGAUUCAUAAGUUCGUUACUUCAUUUUUCUUUAAUAGCUCUUCUUCAAUCUUCUUUGAUCAAAUUUGCUUCCAGAGAAAACUCGCCCCAUUAACAAUGUCGAAGAAGAUGAUCGUGUUGAAGAGCUCCGAUGGUAAAUCGUUCGAGGUCGACGAAGCCGUGGCACGCAAAUCAGUGACGAUAAAUAAUAUGGCUGAGGACGAAUGCGCCGAUAAUGGAAUCCCGCUUCCAAACGUCACAAGUAAGAUCCUCAAGAUUGUGAUCGCGUAUUGCAAGAAGCACGUCGAGAGCAACGAAGAAGAAGAUCUCAAGGAGUGGGACGCUGAUUUCAUGAAGAAGAUCGAACCAUCCAUUCUCUUUGAUGUUAUGAUUGCUGCGAAUUAUCUCAAUAUCCCAAGCCUUCUUGAUCUCACAUGUCAAACAGUCGCUGCUUUGCUCCAGGCUGAUUUGCUCUCAGGAAAAACUCCAGCUGAGAUUCGCACACGCUUCAACAUCGAGAACGAUUUAACACCAGCGGAAGUAGCUGAGAUUCGUAAGGAGAAUCAGUGGGCUUUUGAAUGAGAGAGCGGAUCAUCAAAGUUCUUGAUGCAAUGGUAGCUGAUGAUGACUUCGUCUAUAUCUUUCUUCUUUAGUGUGUGUUUUCAGUUUCUUGAUCUAUUUCUUGUUUGUUCGGUGUGUUUCUUUUGAUUUCUUGAUGUGUAAGUAAUCAUUAUCUUUGCUUUAGAGACGAAUCGUUUGUUGGAUUUUGGUACGUUUAACCAAAUCUUAAGAUCGAUGUUGUCAAAAUUCUUCUUAAGCAAUUCUUGAAUAUAUGCUGAAGUCAAAUCUUUUUCUCGUUUUUCUUACUGUAAUUGAGUUUUCUAAUCCGAAACAGAGUACAUGACACUUUAUUUCGAUAUUGAACUCG